UGGACCCGCAGUCUCACAACUAGGCUUAACGAUCGAUUCCCAAAGUCUCUGCAGCUAGUCUACGAGACUUUGAAGAUUCUUUCCUUAUUUUCUUUCGGUGGUGAGCACGACAGCUCUUUCUCUCCCAGAGCACACCUGCAUACGUUUGUGACAUUUUUUUUUUGUUCUGCGUUGUAGGCCGCUCGAUUUCCUGUCACCGCUGGGCUUCUUGCCACCUUCGGCACCCGUUUCUGCGUUCUCGAACGUGCUCAGGAAGCAUUUUCACCCUUCAAUUUUGCAUCUUUCCCCCAAUCUCCUCCAUCGCAACAUGAGGCGUAGCUCCAUACUUGCUGGCUUUCUUCUAUGCAUUCCUUCUUCCUUGGCCUUCUUCGAUUUUGGUACGCCCGGAAGCCUUGGAAGCCUCGUUUCGCGUGAAUUCCGCACAUCAUGGGAGACGUUCAAGGACUCUGCACUCGCUCGACCGCCACAACGCCACCGUUUAAGGCGCGCAAGCACCACAGAAAAGUGCCAGCUUCGCCUCCUCCACACCCAUAACUCUACGUCCAGUCCUUCACCGACCAAAGUGUCUACGAGUACGUCCUAUGCAAUCCCAAGUACUACUCGUUCUUCAACGUCAAUAAUGUUCCCAUCAACUACCUCUCAAACGGUGUUGUCUUCCUCAACAGAAUCGCCUGCACAGAGCACAACCUCUGCAUCUAGGACCUCCUCUUCAGCCUCUCCCGCUACCUCGUCCUCCAUGCCUCAGCCUUCAUCCGCUUUUACUUUAAAGCAGUUUUAUAACGGCAGCUCUUUCUUCAACGGAUGGAACUUCUAUUCCAACAAUGACCCUACCCAGGGGAUUGUCAACUACCUUGAUCAUGAUACCGCUUUCAGCACCGGUCUUGUGUCUAUCAAUAGCGCAGGACAUGCCAUAAUGAAGAUCGACACAACUCCCGUUGUAUCAGGGAACCGCAACAGUAUCCGUAUUCAGUCUCAGAUACAUUUCAACGGUGGUCUCCUGAUGCUGGACGCCGUUCAUAUGCCCCAUGGGUGUGGCACAUGGCCUGCAUUCUGGAUGAAUGGACCGCAUUGGCCCUACACUGGUGAGAUUGACAUCCUUGAAGGUGUUCAUGACUCCACGCAGAACCUGGUGUCACUGCACACCGACAAUGGGUGUAACGUCGCAGACAAUACCGGCUCCACAGGCGUAUCUGUAAAUGGGAAUUCAUGUUCAGCCACUGGGGGCGCUAAUACGGGCUGUGGAGAACGAGUCACAACCCCUAACAGCUAUGGCUCAGCUUUUAACAGUGUUAACGGCGGAGUAUAUGCUCUUCUUUGGGACACCACUGGUCUCAGUGUGUUUUGGUUCCCUCGUGCAUCUAUACCGAAUGAUAUCAAGAUUGAUGCACCGCUACCCAAUACCUGGGGGACACCGGUCGCGCGCUUCCCAGCAUCUGCUUGCAACCCUUAUCAGUUCUUCGUGGAUCAAACAAUCAUCUUUGACACCACGCUUUGCGGUACCUGGGCAGGGAGCAAUGGAGCUUGGAAUUUAGCGAACUCGGCCGGGCAAGGUGCGAGCUGUGCAACGUCAACUGGAGUUUCGACCUGUACAGCCUUUGUUCAGAACAAUGGCGCCGCUUUCGCCGAUGCAUAUUGGGAAGUUGUAAGCGUCAAAUUGUUCCAGUAAUGUGUUUUUCCUAGCGAGAUGGGAGUUAUUCGUCGUUGCUUGGUCGAUUUUUUG